AUGGAAGGAGAUGGUGUAAAUGAUGCUCCAGCACUUAAGAGGGCAGACAUUGCAGUGGCAGAUGCAAUAGAUGCAUUUCGAGGUGCAUCUGACAUUGUAUUGAUCGAGCUAGGACUUAGUGUGAUUGUGAGCGCUAUUUUGGCUAGUAGAGCCAUCUUCCAGAAGAUGAAGAACUACACCAUUUAUGUUGUUUCAAUCACAAUUCAUAUUGUGAUGAGCAUCACCAUAUCUAAGGAUAGGGUGAAGCUGUCUCCUGUGCCCGACUCAUGGAAGCUCAAGGAAAUCUUUGCCACGUGGAUUAUCCUUGGAAGUUACCUUGCAAUCAUAACUGUGGUGUCCUUCUAG